AGGCAAAAGUUUGAAGAAGGAGAUAUCAUUAAAAUCCCUCCAACGUGUGUGAGAGAGACAGAGCAAAAUAGGCCGACGACUUUCACCUCACAGGUUGGCGGAAUCGUUGUGCUCUUGGCCCACCAACCCGCAACUAUACGGUUUUGUUACCGCCUCACGGACCUCACUGACGUUCCUCUUGGAAGUGGGGUACAUCCAAAGGCAACUUUAUUCACAUUUAACACACGAGGAGUAGUCGGUCUCUGGUGAACGUGUCAAAACGAUUUUUUCUUUCAUCACUCUCCCUGUGAGAGAGGUCUCCCUGGCUGGGGGGAUUAUUUAUUUAAUUUUAUUAAUUAAUGAUGAGGAUUCUGGAGUUUGUCUGGAGCUGUGGGAGACGAGUGAAGGAUUGAGUCAGAAAAUUUUGGGAAUUUUUUUUAAAUUUUUUUCCACCGGAAUUUAAUAAAAUGUGGGAGAUUAUCUGGAGGUGGAUUUCCAGUGCUGCAAUGGGAUUUUUAAUUGUCCUCGUGUUCUCCAGCUCUGAUGCCAAUGGGAGAUACAGUGACAAGCAGAGGUACGACGGAUGGUACAAUAAUCUCGCGCAUCCGGAUUGGGGAUCUGUUGAAAGCCGGUUGAUAAGAAAAGCUCCAGCGGCUUAUUCAGACGGUGUCUACAUGAUGGCGGGUCAGGACAGAGCAUCACCGAGAAAAUUAAGUGAUUUGUUCAUGCGAGGAGCCGACGGAAUAGCCUCUGUCAAGAACAAAACCGCAUUGUUCGCAUUUUUCGGACAACUCGUAACCGCGGAAAUAGUAAUGGCGAGCGAGAGCGGAUGUCCCCUGGAGUUCCAUCGAAUAGACGUGGAGAAAUGUGACAGGAUGUUCGACAAAGAUUGCCAGGGGAACAAGUACAUUCCGUUCCUGCGGGCGGACUACGACAGGAAGACUGGACACAGUCCUAAUAGUCCUCGGGAGCAGGUGAAUAAGGUGACCAGUUGGAUAGACGGGAGUUUCGUGUACUCCAGCAGUGAGGCCUGGGCGAACACCAUGAGAUCCUUCGUCGAUGGGAGUUUUCUCAUAGAACCAAUCAGACAAUUUCCAGUCAGGAACACGAUGAGGGCACCGCUGUUCAAUCACGCUGUGCCCAGUGUUAUGAGGACAAUGCUGAGUCCUGAAAGACUUUUUCUUCUCGGUGAUCCCCGAUCGAAUCAGCACCCAGCUCUCCUGGCAUUUGGAAUAAUUUUCUACCGCUGGCACAAUGUCAUGGCAUCCAGGGUCAAGGCCCAGAAUCCCGAGAUGACCGAUGAGGAGGUCUUCCAAAGGUCGAGAAGAAUCGUCGUCGGAACAAUUCAGAACAUAAUAAUGUACGAGUAUCUUCCGGAACUCCUGGGGGAACAGCUGCCAGUCUACACUGGCUACAAGCCCGACCUUCAUCCAGGAAUUUCCCACAUGUUCCAGAGUGCGGCCUUUCGAUUUGGCCACACGAUGAUCCCCCCGGGGAUCUACCGGAGGGACGAGAGCUGCAAUUUUCGGGAGACCAGGAGCAACAAACGUGCCAUCAGGCUCUGCACCACCUGGUGGAACUCCAAUCAAAUUCUGGCGAACUCGACGGUCGAGGAGCUGAUGAUGGGAAUGACGUCACAGUUGGCGGAGAGGGAGGAUAAUUUACUGAGCAACGACAUCAGGAAUAAUUUGUUUGGGCCCCUGGAGUUCUCCCGGAGGGACCUGGGGGCCCUCAACAUCAUGAGGGGACGGGACAAUGGACUACCGGACUAUAACACCGCGAGGGUCCACUUCAAACUGCCCAGGAGGACCUCCUGGAACGAUAUAAAUCCUGAACUCUUCAAUAAAAAUCCAGAGCUGCUGAGGAAUCUGAUGGAGAUUCACUCGAAUAACCUGGACAACAUCGAUGUUUAUGUCGGGGGAAUGCUCGAGUCCACGGAUGGACCUGGUGAAUUGUUCUCAGCUGUCAUCAGGGAACAAUUCCUGAGGCUCAGGGACUCCGAUAGAUUCUGGUUUGAAAAUAUCGAUAAUGGAAUUUUCACGAAGAACGAGAUCGAGGAGAUCAAGAGGGUCACACUGUGGGAUGUCAUCAUGAACUCAACGACAAUCAGCGAUAAGGGAAUUCAGAGGAAUGUUUUUGUCUGGAAGGAUGGAGAUCCUUGUCCACAGCCGGAACAACUCACUGGGGAAAUGCUCGAUCCUUGCGUUCCUCUCAGGAGAUACGAUUAUUUUGAGGGAAGCGAAUUGGCUUACAUUUACGCCUGCGUCUGUCUCGGUUUUAUACCGAUAUUAUGCGCCGGAGCCGGAUACGGCCUUGUCAAACUUCAGAAUCGUCGAAGACGUCGUUUGAGAAUCGUUCAGGAGGCGAUUAAAAAGCGAAGUGGUGCUGGUCAUGUUGCGUCAGCCACUGGACACGGAAGAAUAUCCGUUGACAAGAUGAUAGUCAGGGAGUGGCUUCACGCCAAUCACAAGCGACUGGUCAAGGUCAAAUUUGGGCCGGAGGCAGCGCUCUACAUUGUCGACAGAAAGGGCGACAACCUGAGGACAUUUGAUUUUGGGGGUGUCAAUGUCGUUGGGGUUGAGGAGUCCCAGGGGGGUGACAGUGGUAAAGCAAUGAUUCUUCUCAGAAUUCCUCGUGAUUAUGAUCUCGUCCUUGAGCUGGAUUCCCUGAGCUCUCGUGCCAAGUUUAUCGCCAAAUUGGAAACAUUUCUCACGUCUCAUAAAAAACACCUGUCGAUUGUUCAGACGAAUCGGGAUAUUAUGAUUGCUAAGGCGGAGACGAAGGAGAGGAGGCAGAAAAAAUUGGAGCAGUUCUUCCGGGAGGCGUAUGCACUCACAUUUGGACUGCGACCUGGGGAGAGGAGACGGAGGAGAUCGGAGGAUAGCGACGGGGGAGAAGUCGUCACUGUCAUGAGGACUUCGCUGUCGAAGAGCGAAUUUGCGAGUGCUUUGGGCAUGAGGCCCGAUGCGGUGUUCGUUAAGAAGAUGUUUAAUAUUGUUGACAAGGAUGGCGAUGGGAGGAUAUCCUUUCAGGAAUUUUUGGACACCGUAUUACUCUUCUCCCGCGGAAAAACCGAGGACAAAUUACGAAUUAUCUUCGACAUGUGUGAUAAAGACAGUAACGGAGUUAUCGACAAAGAGGAGCUCUCGGAAAUGCUGCGUUCACUAGUGGAAAUAGCCAGGACAACUUCGUUGUCAGACGAUCACGUAACCGAGUUAAUAGACGGAAUGUUUCAGGACGCAGGACUCGAGCGCAAGGAUUACCUCACGUACAAUGAUUUCAAGCUAAUGAUGAAUGAGUACAAAGGGGACUUUGUGGCAAUAGGAUUGGAUUGCAAGGGAGCAAAGCAAAAUUUUCUUGACACAUCUACUAAUGUCGCGAGGAUGACGACUUUUCAUAUUGACCAAUUGCCACCAGAGACGACAAAGAACUGGGCGAGAAAGCAGUGGGACGGGAUCUCCACAUUUUUGGAGGAAAAUAGACAAAAUAUUUUUUAUUUGUUUAUAUUUUAUGUGAUUACCAUUGCCCUCUUCGUGGAGCGAUUCAUUCAUUACUCCUUCAUGACAGAGCACGUAGACCUCCGUCACAUAAUGGGAGUGGGAAUCGCCAUCACUCGGGGGUCAGCGGCUGCCCUGUCUUUCUGCUACAGUCUGUUACUACUUACGAUGUCCCGAAAUUUACUCACAAAAUUGAAGGAAUUCUCUAUACAACAGUACAUUCCCCUCGAUUCGCACAUACAAUUUCAUAAGAUAGCUGCGUGUACAGCCCUGUUCUUCUCCAUUCUGCAUACACUGGGUCACCUGGUGAACUUUUACCACGUGUCCACCCAACCAGUGUCACACCUGAGGUGCCUCACCAGUGAAAUGAGCUUUCCCAGUGAUGCCAGGCUCACUAUUUCGUUUUGGCUGUUUCAAACUGUCACAGGAGUCACCGGAAUACUUCUCGUUAUUGUGAUGACGAUUAUCUUCGUAUUCGCGCAUCCCACCAUCAGGCAAAAAGCCUACAAAUUUUUCUGGUCAACUCACAGUCUUUAUAUCGCACUUUACGCACUGUGUCUUAUUCACGGACUCGCUAGGCUCACUGGAGAACCGCGCUUCUGGAUAUUUUUCAUUGGACCUGCCAUUGUAUAUUCCCUCGAUAAAGUCGUUAGUCUCAGAACGAAAUAUAUGUCACUGGACAUAAUAGAAACGGAACUGCUCCCUUCAGAUGUGAUAAAAAUAAAGUUCUACCGCCCACCGAAUCUGAAGUAUCUCUCGGGCCAGUGGAUUCGGCUGGCGUGCACAGCUUUCAAAUCGAAUGAGUUUCACUCGUUCACGUUAACGUCAGCACCGCACGAGAAUUUUUUAUCGUGUCAUAUUAAGGCUCAAGGGCCCUGGACCUGGAAAUUGCGAAAUUACUUCGAUCCUUGUAAUUACGGUACUGAGCAUGAGCACCCGAAAAUUAGGAUCGAGGGGCCCUUUGGUGGGGGAAAUCAGGACUGGUAUAAGUUCGAAGUGGCUGUUAUGGUGGGAGGGGGUAUCGGGGUCACCCCCUAUGCCUCCAUGCUCAAUGAUCUUGUCUUUGGAACUUCUACGAAUAGAUAUUCAGGGGUUGCCUGCAAGAAGGUUUAUUUCCUGUGGAUUUGUCCCUCUCACAAGCACUUCGAGUGGUUCAUAGACGUUCUGAGAGACGUUGAACGAAAAGAUGUGACGGACGUCCUCGAAAUUCACAUAUUCAUCACUCAAUUCUUCCACAAAUUUGAUCUCCGAACUACGAUGCUUUAUAUCUGUGAGAAUCACUUUCAAAGGCUAUCGAAAAAGAGUAUAUUCACAGGACUCAAAGCGAUUAAUCACUUUGGACGUCCAGACAUGACGUCAUUCCUGAAAUUCGUACAGAAAAAACACAGUUAUGUCAGCAAAAUAGGUGUCUUCAGUUGUGGACCGAGACCUCUGACUAAGAGCGUUAUGUCCGCCUGUGAUCAGGUCAACAAAGGCCGCAGGCUGCCAUAUUUCAUCCAUCAUUUCGAGAAUUUUGGAUGAUACGAGCUUCUCAACUCGAUAUUUAAUUGAAAAUUUGUAUAUAAAAUUUUGUUAAAUAGAUUUUUUAUGAUAUUUGGU